AUGCCGAGCGGCGGCUGCCCACGUGGCGCCGGGAAGAGGAAAAAUGGCGGGGGCGGGGCCGGGGCCGGCUUGGCGGGGGAGGGCCCGAGCAGGGGCGGGGCCACGGACUUGGCGGGGCCUGGGGCUGCGGAGAAGCGCGCCGGCGCUGGCGAGGUUUCAGUGGGGUUGCACCUGUUGCGUGACUCCACCACAGUCCAGUUACCCGAGUCCGACCCGAAUACCCAGAAAGUGUGGAGAGAAGCCCAGACGAGUUCCGGGUCCCGCUCUCUGGGGAGCACGUGGCCUGCCCGCCUCUGGAGUGCGGGGCUGGGGGUCGGGACGCCGGGGUCUACAAGGCCAGUGCAGCGGCCCAGGUCGGCAGGGGUCGGCCUCCCUACAGCCAGCAAUUUUGAAAGACUGUCUUACUUCUCCCAUAUCAGUGCCAGGGCAGGGGCCCUUGGAGCGACUUGCCGGGGUCUGGAUCCCAGCCCUUCUCCCGUCCCUCGCGACCGGGCUUCCCGGCUUUGCAGACCCUGGAGAGCAGACAUCCCGGUACCCCUCAGGGCUCGGGCAGCAUGGCCUCAGGAGCUGUUCAGCCGCUCCCUGGCUGAGAGUGAGCUCCGGAGCGCCCCAUACGAGUUCCCGGAGGAGAGCCCCAUUGAGCAACUGGAGGAGCGGCGGCAGCGCCUGGAGCGGCAGAUCAGCCAGGAUGUCAAGCUGGAGCCGGACAUCCUGCUUCGGGCCAAGCAAGAUUUCCUGAAGACAGACAGUGACUCGGACCUCCAGCUCUACAAGGAGCAGCGUGACGGGCAGGGCGAUCGGGGCCUGUGGGAGCGAGAUGUGGUGCUGGAGCGGGAAUUUCAGCGGGUCACCAUCUCUGGGGAGGAGAAGUGUGGGGUGCCGUUCACAGACCUGCUGGACGCAGCCAAGAGCGUGGUGCGGGCACUCUUCAUCCGGGAGAAGUACAUGGCCCUGUCGCUGCAGAGCUUCUGCCCCACCACCCGCCGGUACCUGCAGCAGCUGGCCGAGAAGCCCCUGGAGACACGGACCUAUGAGCAGGGCCCGGACACCCCUGUGUCCGCUGAUGCCCCAGUGCACCCCCCUGCGCUGGAGCAGCACCCGUAUGAGCACUGUGAGCCGAGCACCAUGCCGGGGGACCUGGGCUUGGGUCUGCGUAUGGUGCAGGGCGUGGUUCACGUCUACACCCGCAGGGAACCCGAUGAGCACUGCUCAGAGGUGGAGCUGCCGUACCCCGACCUGCAGGAAUUUGUGGCAGAUGUCAACGUGCUGAUGGCUCUGAUUAUCAAUGGCCCCAUAAAGUCAUUCUGUUACCGUCGGUUGCAGUACCUGAGCUCUAAGUUCCAGAUGCACGUGCUGCUCAAUGAGAUGAAGGAGCUGGCCGCCCAGAAGAAGGUGCCACACCGAGAUUUCUACAACAUCCGCAAGGUGGACACGCACAUCCAUGCCUCGUCCUGCAUGAACCAGAAGCAUCUGCUGCGCUUCAUCAAACGGGCGAUGAAGCGGCACCUGGAGGAGAUCGUGCACAUGGAGCAGGGUCGCGAGCAGACGCUGCGGGAGGUCUUCGAGAGCAUGAAUCUCACUGCCUACGACCUGAGUGUGGACACGCUCGAUGUGCACGCGGACAGGAACACCUUCCAUCGCUUUGACAAGUUCAAUGCCAAAUAUAACCCUAUUGGGGAGUCUGUCCUCCGAGAGAUCUUCAUCAAGACUGACAACAGGGUUUCUGGGAAGUACUUUGCUCACAUCAUCAAGGAGGUGAUGUCGGACCUGGAAGAGAGCAAAUACCAGAAUGCGGAGCUGCGGCUCUCCAUUUACGGGCGCUCAAGGGACGAGUGGGACAAGCUGGCGCACUGGGCCGUCAUACACCGUGUACACUCUCCCAACGUGCGCUGGCUCGUGCAGGUGCCCCGCCUCUUUGACGUGUACCGUACCAAGGGUCAGCUGGCCAACUUCCAGGAGAUGCUGGAGAACAUCUUUCUGCCACUGUUCGAGGCCACCAUCCACCCUGCCAGCCACCCGGAGCUGCAUCUCUUCUUGGAGCAUGUGGAUGGCUUUGACAGCGUGGAUGAUGAGUCCAAGCCUGAGAACCACAUCUUUAACCUGGAGAGCCCCCUCCCCGAGGCCUGGGUGGAGGAGGACAACCCACCGUAUGCCUACUACUUGUACUACACCUUCGUCAACAUGGCCAUGCUGAACCACCUGCGCAGGCAGAGGGGCUUCCACACGUUUGUGCUGAGGCCGCACUGUGGGGAGGCCGGGCCCAUCCACCAUCUGGUGUCGGCCUUCAUGCUGGCUGAGAACAUCUCGCAUGGGCUGCUUCUGCGCAAGGCCCCGGUCCUGCAGUACCUGUAUUACUUGGCCCAGAUUGGCAUUGCCAUGUCCCCGCUCAGCAACAACAGCCUCUUCCUCAGCUACCACCGGAACCCACUACCUGAGUACCUGUCCCGUGGCCUCAUGGUCUCACUGUCCACCGACGAUCCCCUGCAGUUCCACUUCACCAAGGAGCCACUGAUGGAGGAGUACAGCAUCGCCACCCAGGUGUGGAAGCUCAGCUCCUGCGACAUGUGCGAGCUGGCACGCAACAGUGUGCUCAUGAGUGGCUUCUCCCACAAGGUGAAGAGCCACUGGCUGGGACCCAACUAUACCAAGGAGGGCCCUGAGGGCAAUGACAUCCGCCGCACCAAUGUGCCGGACAUCCGUGUGGGCUACCGCCAUGAGACCCUGUGCCAGGAGCUGGCGCUCAUCACGCAGGCCGUGCAGAGCGAGAUGCUGGAGACUAUCCCGGAGGAGGCGGGCAUCACCAUGAGCCCGGGGCCUCAGUGAGCCCAGCCCAAACAGUGCCCCCGCGUCUUGGCACCUUGACCACGUUCUGUCCUCAGACCCCUCCCGCCCUGUUGUGGUCUCUGCAUGUGUCUGUUCUUUGUUCUGUCCUGCAUGUUUCUACCUGUAUCUGUGCCGCCCAGGAGCCGCUUUACCCUUGUCUUGGCUUGGGUGGCACCUGAUGGCCCAGGUUUGAGGUCUGCCCUGCUGGUGGACCUGUCCCAGGAUCUUCUGAAGGCUGGCUGUCCUGCGGGCAUCUGAGUGUCCACAAGAGCCAGGGAUGGUUGUGGGGGUCUGGCCCUUGGGGUCCUGGCUUGGGCAAAUCUGAGCUUUGGCUGGGGCUUGAGUUUGGGCCUCCGUCUUGCUUAUGCGGCUGAGGGGCAGUCAGGUGUGGCCUGUACACGUGUGUUGUGGGCACGGACUGCCAGGGAUCUGCAGCAGGUAGAAUUGGCUGAGUCACAGCCCUGGCUGCCUGGGCUUGGGCCCCGGAGGUGCUGGACCAGCACCUCUGCCAAGUCACGGCCCAGCAGCUUUCACCGUCCUUCCUCUGGUCCAUGUGCUCCCCUGGUGUCAGCUUCCUGUGCCUCUGUGGGAGGGGGCAGCUGCCCUGUGCUGUGUCUGACGCCAUUGCAGCUGGAGCGUCCUGGAUCUGCCACCAGCCCUGAGGGCAGUAUCCCUACUAUGGUCCCCAGAGUUUUGACCAGACCUGGAUCCCACCUGGUCCCCUGUGUUGUGUUCUGGACCGAGGCCUUUGCUAUGAAUUGCAGUGUUUCAUACAAUCCCAUCUUUCCUAGUGCAUGAGAAAUAAAGAUUAUUUAAGUAA